CAAAUAUCUCAACUGCAGCAGAACGUCGUUCAGGAAGUGCUGCUUCGAACCAUGCCUACGUGCCAGCCUUGGAGAACAGGGUACUCAGGUCUAUCUUGUACUGGUCGUGAACCACUUACUAGUACUUCUUUGAUGCUUUACUGAUCUUUCACUGAUUGUCUGCUUCGCGAUAUGGAUGGGAAUGGACAGUUGAUUUUGUUCUGUCUGAUCGGCGCAGAACCCCUGCGAAGGGGAUGCGAGAAGAUGUUGGGGAUGUGGCAUGACAUGGACAGAGGUCGAGCCACGUCGAGCCACGUUGACUGGCUGGGCCUCUCGAUAAGUGAGACCUGGACCACCUAGUGUUACCGUACGAGCAGGAGCAGGAGCAGGAGCAGGAGCAGGAGCAUGAGGCAUGCCCCGCGACGAGCCGAUCCUGGCGGGAUGGCCUCGUUCGGCAAUUCGGCAGCAUUCCAUUUUGAUUGAUGGCUAACAGUAGCCAGCCAGGACGAGCUACGUUCUUAUGGCCACGAAAAAGGCAUUCGACGCUUUUGUUUUGGGCUGUGUGAGAACGAAGGGUAAGUGCCUAAUCAGUUCACCAGGUGUCCUGCACAACUUCUUUCUUGAGAAUUGCAUACGCGUGCGUGCUACAAAACAAAAUGGCGAGGCAGACAACAUGCAAUACAUGGGCCAGGUCAGUCUUUUUCAUGUCUACCUAAACACAUUAAGAAGAGAACCCUACUGGUUCUCAUGGUGUUCUGCGCUGUUCUUGGUGUUGUGUUUCGCGCCCUCCGAAGACUGGUAUGCUCUCUGCUCCUCCUCUUGACACAAGUUCUCCUCUCCUCUACGGACCUUGCCGCCCUUUGGCCAUUCGAAGAGCCAUCUCGCUAAAUUAGUAGCGGUGCUGCAAUUCCAGCGGCUAUGAGGAGGUUUUGUACCAGCACUGGAGCGUUCGUGGCGGCGGCUAGUCCAGAUGAGCUUGCAGAUGCGCCUGCACCAGACACUGUGCUCGAUGCUGAGCCGGUGCUGCUGGCCAUGCUUGACGUUGCCGAACCAGACGAGGAACUGGUAUCAAAAUUGGUAUCAUUCGUUACCGUUGCCGUCAAACCUGUAACGUUGGUACAACUUGAGCCGACAGUGGUGUUGACACCAGUAACAAAGCUGACUGGAGCGCACUAUAAGAAGAGAUCAGUACAGACCCUCCUUUUCUGAACAAUAGAGCUAUGUGUACCUGGUAAAGAAUUCCAUCGGGACCAUGCUGAAUCACCUGGACGACACCACUUUUGCCCGCGAAAUCAGAGGGCGCUUUGAGGUUGGGCAGACAGAAUUGUCCCAGACCGGUCUCUGAGACGACCGGUAGGAGGUUGGUCCAGUUGAAUGGAGCUUUUUGGUCAAGGGUGACACGGAAGAGCCAGUCCGCGGCAGGAUGAGUGCUCAACAUCGAGACUGGGAAGCCAUCAACAGGGACACUAUCGUCAGAUGAGUUGAAGGAAACAUCAAAGCCACCACACGGUCCCGUGCCUUCGGUAUCGUCGUCAAAGCCCAGCGAGCGAGGAUACUGUAGAAUGAAGUGUGCCGAAGCGCAGGCGGCCCACAAGGACAAAAGGGUGAGGGAGGAUGUGAAUUGCAUGGCUACUGCAGGUUAUGGAAGAACUUUUGGACCUAUGAUCUGAGUUGCAAAUGUCCCCCAAGAAACCACUAUACUCGUAGUAGGGUGGGAAGAAGAUCUUUCGAAAGGAUGCGAAGCUUUGCAGGCCAAGACCGAAGCUAUUUCUAUCAACCCUUCAAGGAGCUUUGCAGGACAUGUCCACUGUCCACAGAUGCCACUUCCUGUAUUCGGGACUACGGACCAUGGUGAUGGGAAGAGGAUACAAGGGUCGAGCACCGCAUCGGUGAGCAUCUAAACUUCUAGUGCGGUGAGGCUGCAGGAGGAGUGGAUGUGAGCAAGUUUUCACCUCCCGCGACGAGCACGUUUUCGAACCAAUGAACAACAGCCAUGGGGACUGUCAUGCACUCGUGGCUGCUCUCCCUUUCCAAUGAUAGCUAGCAGAUGUCUUCAGAUGCUUGCAAUGCUUGUACACGACGAGCACGUUUCGUCGCUCCUCAGCGGCAACCCACGCCAGCCGUCGUACUGUGUACAGAGUGCGUCUUCAGUCGGCGUGUCGCCGGCUAUCCGGCCCUCGAAGAUUAGACUGCGUAGCGAGGCACGUCGCAGCUGCGUCUCAAGGUCUCAAAUCAUUAGGAGACAAGACCGAUUGACUGAGGAAGUCAUCUGCUGGUCAGCAUCCAAAAUCUGUAUCUUCAAAAGCAUGUCGUCGUCUCAGUGACUUCGAAUCACACAGAAAAGCCACAACCCAAACAGCAGACUUCCACGAGAGGAAGCCAAUACUCUCAAGAUGGAUAUGUCAGGCAUGGGCGGCAUGGACAUGUCCAGUGCGAGCAUGUUCACGCCGACCAACAAGCACAUUGCGCAUGUGUAUUGGUAUCUCGUCGCGGCGGUCACUGGUCUGCUCAUCCUCCGCCGUGGUAUCGACCGGUCCAGAAUUCUGGCAGCCAGGCGAAGAAGCCAACGGCAACCAGGUACCAUCCCCUUCCGACCUGAUAAUAUCUUUGCGCAAUCCUACGAUACCCUCAUCACAAUCUGCCGGGAGCUCGCAUACCCACAGAUAUGGACAUUCACGGGCAGAAUAAGCAAAUACUUCACUCCGCCUUCGCUUGGGAAAUGCCUUCUUCUUUCAGUUUAUUGGAUGGUCAUCCUGACUAUGCUGUGGUCAAACACGAUCCUCACACCAUCGUCUCCAGACUAUGCGUACAAAUGGGAGAUUGUUGGAUUUCGUGCAGCCUGGGUGUCAGUCACACAACUGCCCUUGAUCUAUAUCCUAUCCGGCAAAGUCAAUAUCAUUGGUAUACUUACCGGCAUAUCCUAUGAAAGGCUGAAUUGGCUCCACCGCUGGAUUGGGAGGACGAUAUUCUUGACCGUCAUUGUGCACUGGUCAUUCUUCUUCCGCGAAUGGGAUAUUGCUCAUUUCGUCAAAUUGGAACUCGAUAUGAUGCCCAUGGUCAAAUACGGUUUUGGGGCCUGGGCUACUCUGGGAUGGAUGGUUCUUACAGGGUUCGGAUUUUUCCGUGCUGCCAACUACGAGUUAUGGUUUCUACAACAUCUAGCCGCAGCUAUCGUGCUACUGUGGCUGGUUUACACUCACGUCCCAUCCUAUGCUCGGUACAAUGUCUGGUUCUCGAUUGGUGUUGUGGUUUUUGAUAGAUUCGUGAGGACGCUGAGGACAAUCUGGUUGAACCUUCCGGCCUUCCGAAGUACCGAGAGUGGCCACUCUCGUCGGAAACCUGGGUAUGAAGCAGAAGUCAAAUCUCUGUCGUCUGGUUUCAUGCUCGUCACCAUUCACGAUGUCAAGUUCUCUUGGAAACCAGGCCAACAUAUUUAUUUAUCCAUUCCGCGGGCGGGCAUCUUCGAAGCACACCCUUUCACCAUUGCCAAUGUACCCAGACGCAUGCCGGGCCAUGACGGACCCGAUAAGAUCGAAUUGUAUAUCCGAGUUCAUUCAGGCUUUACACAGCGUUUGCAUCGACGAUGUCAGGGUUCAGGAGGCCCAAGGUCCUUUCGAUCUUUCCUCAGUGGGCCAUGGGGUGUACCGCCGUCAAUCGACCGGCUGGAGUCUCUGAUACUCUUGGCUUCUGGGAACGGCUCCUCGUUCACUGUCCCAAUUUUCCAGCAAGCACUUGCGUCAGCGAGCCAUCUUCGACAAAUUCGGUUUAUUUGGAUCGUCCGCCACCCUGACCAGCUGGACUGGUUCAAAGCUCAACUGUUGUCUGCUUGUCGGAACGCGCAACAUCGAGACGUUUCGGUCUCCAUGCACGUUUUCAUAACGGGAGCAGGGGAGAGCAGGCCACUGUCGCCUGCAGAAGAUAAUGCUCUUCUUCGAAGUUACAAUGAGAUUGCACCGAUAGAGAAAGCCUUCAGUACUGAGAAGAGCAGAUCGAUCCAAGGCGCAAAUUCGGUUCAGACGAUGUCAGAUGAAGGUCAAGAUAAGGAAAUUGGCGAGGCAGUCGCGCGAUCCUCCUUUGAUUCGGCAGAUGUACCUGCUCUGAGAAUAGGUUACGGGCGGCCAGAGCUGGAUCCUCUGAUACGCCCUGUGGUUGAAAACGCUUGUGGAGAGACCGGCAUCUUCGCCUGUGGCAACAACCGGUUCAUGGGUUCAAUACGAAAUUAUGUGGCACGGUUAUCUGAUGAGAGAGCCGUGCAUAAGGGCACCGGUGCACAAGGGUUGUAUUUAUUCUGUGAGACAUAUGGCUGGUAGGCAUAUUGCUGCCGGGGGCAAUAACAUGAACAUCGUCACGUUUGGUCCUCCUGUAUCGUUCUGGUUCGCGUAUACACCGUGGGCAAGCUCUGCACCAAGUACAUGGCGACAUAUU